CUUCGUGUCUCCCAUGCCCUGCUUGCUUGCUUUGGUCCGACAAAAUCGGUCAAACGAGAGGCUACCCUCAGACUGCUAGUUUCUUUACCUUCGGAUCCAUCGACAUCUAUCAUCCACAAACGGUUGAACGCUCCGCCAAGUCGCCGAUUCUCUUCGCGGUUUCAUCCUCCGUCAGACGCCAACACGCAGCACAUCAGCAGCACCGCAGCACGCCUCUUCAGUCGUCAACUACUCACAUCACUCCCGUCGCUCAGUCGCCUGCUCUCAGCCACUCAACCUUCAGCGGCUCAGUCAAUCGGCGCUUCCCUCAAUUUUCACAUCCAACCAUUCAUAGUCCCGUCAUGAGGAUAGUCGGAUUAACGGGAGGAAUUGCUUCUGGGAAGAGCACCGUCUCCAAUCUUUUCAAGUCCCACGGUAUUCCUGUAGUCGAUGCCGACAUCGUUGCCCGUAAUGUCUUGAAGAAAGGCACUGGUGGAUGGAAAAGAGUUGUGGCUAUGUUUGGGGAGGACAUCUUACAGGACAAUGGCGAGGUAGAUCGCGGCAAGCUAGGUCAAAUUGUAUUUUCUGAUCCCGCAAAGCGUCAGCUUCUUAAUAGGCUUUUAGCACCUUAUAUUUCAUCUGGUAUCUUUCUGGAAGUCUUGAAGUUGUGGAUCAAGGGUUGCAUGAUAAUUGUUCUUGAUGUGCCCCUUUUAUUUGAAGCUAAGAUGGAUAAAUGGACUAAGCCUAUAGUUUUCGUUUGGGUUGAUCCUGAGACACAACUUCAGCGGCUCAUGACAAGGGACCGGUCAACAGAGGAAGAAGCCAAAAGCAGGAUAAAUUCUCAGAUGUCUCUGGAUAUGAAGAGGGAAAAGGCAGAUAUUAUUAUUGACAAUAGAGGGACACUAGGGGCUUUAAAUGAGCAGUUUGGAUUGGUGCUAAUCCAGAUCACAAAGCCACUGACUUGGUCUGAAUAUGCCCUUUCUAGGCAAGGAGCUAUUCUUGGAUUGCUUUCAAUUUUUGUUGGUAUUGUAAUAUCCAAGAACAGUUUAUGGAUGUAAUUAUUGUAAUAGGCAUUUUACAUCACAUUUCUUGCUUGUAGCAUUUUAUGAAAAAGUCGUUCCUUUUUUAGUUAAUUUUUUUUUGUCAAAUUGUAAUCUAUCUUUUAAACUUUUAGUUGAAACAGAUCUCAUCAUUCAGUUCGCUACCAUAUAAUAAUAGAUAUAAUAAAUUUAAAAGCAUUUCGGUUCUCAUGUGUAUUUCUUUUCAGCGUGCUUCAAUUUACAGAGAUUGUAUAUUGUCUACACUGACUGCUUUAAAGGUAUUCCGUGAUAAUAACCAAUUCAUCAAGGAUGGGGGGUGCCGUGCUUAUUGCCCUUGUUGCUGCCAUUGGUAACCUAUUGCAAGGAUGGGACAAUGCAACAAUAGCAGGAUCAGUGCUUUACAUAAAAAGGGAAUUCAAUUUGGAAACACAACCAACUAUAGAAGGGUUAAUUGUGGCGAUGUCAUUAAUCGGAGCAACCUUUAUCACAACAUUCUCUGGGCCUGUUUCUGAUUCACUGGGAAGGCGUCCAAUGCUCAUAAUCUCAUCUGUCCUCUAUUUCCUCAGUGGUUUGGUGAUGCUGUGGGCCCCAAAUGUUUAUGUGUUGCUUUUGGCAAGGCUGUUGGAUGGGUUUGGAGUUGGUCUUGCCGUAACUCUUGUUCCUGUAUAUAUAUCUGAAACAGCUCCUCCAGAUAUCAGAGGAUUUUUGAAUACUUUCCCCCAGUUCACUGGCAGUGUUGGAAUGUUUUUGUCAUAUUGCAUGGUUUUUGGGAUGUCACUGAAAGAUUUGCCGAGUUGGAGGCUAAUGCUUGGAGUUCUUUCAAUUCCUUCUCUUCUUUACUUCCUUUUGACAAUUCUUUACUUGCCUGAGUCGCCCAGGUGGCUUGUCAGUAAAGGAAAGAUGAAAGAAGCUAAGAAAGUUCUGCAGAAAUUGCGUGGAAGGGAAGAUGUAUCAGGAGAAAUGGCCUUGCUGAUGGAAGGUUUAGAUGUUGGAGGUGAUAUAUCGAUAGAGGAGUACAUAAUUGGACCAGAUAAUGAUCUUGCUGAUACCCAAGAGCAUGCUUCAGACAACAAGAAUCAGGAGACUAUUAAGUUAUAUGGUGCUGAAGAGGGCCUUUCAUGGGUAGCUAAACCAGUCACUGGUCAAAGUACUCUUGGUCUGGUUUCCCGACGUGGAAGUAUGGCGGCUGCUGCUGCUCAAGGCUCUUUUGUGGACCCCAUGGUCACUCUCUUCGGCAGCGUACAUGAGAAACUUCAAGAGCCCACCGGAAGCAUGCGAAGCAUGCUCUUUUCCAACUUCGGCAGCAUGUUCAAUGUGGCCGAGAAUAAGAAUGAACAAUGGGAUGAGGAGAAUGCAGGGGAGGAGAAUCACAUAUCUGACAAUGAUUCUGGCCACGAAUCGGAUGACAACAAUCUAAGGAGCCCAUUGCUCUCACGUCAAGGCACAAAUGCCGGAAAGGAUAUGGAAACCAGACAAGGAAGUACUCUCAUCAUGCAAGGAAGCGAGGAAGUAAGCGGCAUUGGUAUUGGUGGGGGUUGGCAGUUGGCCUAUAAAAAAGACGAUAGGAAGGAAGGAGCACUGAAAAGAAUCUAUUUGCAUCAAGAAGGUGGUCCUGGAUCACGACGUGGGUCUAUCAUCUCCCUUCCUGGUUGUGAUAACUCUGCAGAAGGUGAAUUUAUUCAAGCUGCUGCUCUUGUGAGUCGGUCUAUUCUUGGGACAGAAGACAUUAUGGGCCAAAAACCUAUUGAAGAAGCCAUGGAGACAAAAUCCAAGAUUGCAAAUAAAGGAUCAGCCUGGAAUGAUCUGUUUGAACCAGGGGUCAAGCAUGCACUUAUUGUCGGAGUUGGGCUUCAAAUACUUCAACAGUUUUCUGGGAUUAAUGGAGUUCUCUACUAUACUCCUCAAAUACUUAAACAAGCUGGAGUAGGACUUCUGCUUUCAAAGUUAGGGCUGGGAUCAGAUUCAGCAUCUAUCCUCAUAAGUGCUGCCACAACUUUGUUGAUGCUUCCCGCAAUAGGUAUUGCAAUGAGACUGAUGGAUAUAGCAGGCAGGAGGUGGCUUUUGCUCUAUACAUUGCCAGUCCUGCUAGCUUCACUUGUCACUCUAGUCCUGGGGAAUAUAAUCCAUAUGUCUCAAGUAAUCAAUGCGGUCAUUUCCACGAUUAGUGUUGUGAUCUAUCUAUGCUGUUUUGUCAUGGGCUUUGGCCCAAUCCCCAACAUCCUUUGCGCUGAGAUAUUUCCAACACGUGUCCGUGGCCAAUGCAUUGCUAUAUGUGCUCUCACAUUUUGGAUUGGAGAUAUCAUUGUCACUUACUCCCUCCCUUUAAUGCUCUCUUCCAUCGGUCUCCGUGGAGUCUUUGGCAUCUACACCAUUGUGUGCGCUAUUGCUUGGGUUUUUGUUUUCUUGAAAGUUCCAGAAACAAAGGGAAUGCCGCUUGAAGUGAUCACGGAGUUCUUUGUAGUUGGCGCAAAGCAAGCUAGUGAAUAAAAUGCUGCACAUUUGCAGUGGAACUUCUUUAAUAAGAGGAAGUCACUUGUUCAGAGAAAGAUCAGAGGCAUAUCUGAUUGACAAUUUUGGAAGUUACAAGGAUAGCCGAAAAAAUCAGGGAAGGAGCAUAUAGUUAUUUAUUCAUUCUUUGUUUUUUGAUUCUUUUAUUUAUAUGCGACAUACAACAUUUUAUAAAUACUCGUGCUUCUCACAAUUUAUCCAGUUUAGCUUUAUAAUAAUUCAAAUGUUAAUUUAACAGGCCUGUCUUUUGAUACAACCUACUAAUGGGCAAUGGGAAUAUAUAGCCCACAAUCAUAAUACAAUCAAAAUGGAC